AUGGGGUUGCUAGGAGAAAACCCUCACGAAGCUCGAAUAACGAGCGCUCGGAGUUUUCCUCUCAUUAAAAUUGGAAAAGGCUUUCCCUCUAAGCCUGAGCCGAACGGAGGAGGAGCCGACCGGGCCUCCUGCUACGAUGAUGAAGAGGAGGAGGAGGACGAUGAUGAUGGGAGUGGGCGGAGCCGGAGAGAAGAGGAAGGAGAAAUGAAGCGCCGCUUCAGCGCGUCGCAGCAGAACCGAGGUUUGUUUGUUCAGAACCGCGGCUCGGUGACGCCGCCGCUAAUGGACCGAGCAGCACCAGAGGUGCUGAUGUCAUCAUUGCCCAUCAACGCUCGACUUCAGUGUCUGUCCGUCCUGCGCUCCAGCGAAGACCAGCUCCCCUCGCUGCAGACCAAAUGCAUCGGGGACAUCGAGGAGCUCGCCGCCAGCUACGAGCGAAAGCUCAUAGAGGUGGCGGAGAUGCACGGCGAGCUGAUCGAGUUUAACGAGCGCCUGUACCGCUCGCUCAUGGCCAAGGACCACCUGAUCGUCCAGAUGAGGCAGGAGCUGAUCGACCUCAGAGGCCCGGUCCCAGGAGAUUUAAGCCAGACGUCAGAUGAUCCCAGCCUGUCGGAUUUUGAGACGGCUCAUCGGGCUCUCGUCAACGUGUGGAUCCCCUCCGUGUUCCUGCAGGGCAGAGCUGCCAACGCCUACCACGUCUACCAGGUUUACAUCCGCAUCCUGGACAACGAGUGGAACGUCUACAGACGCUACACCGAGUUCAGAGAGCUGCACAACCAGCUGAGGUCCCAGUUCCCACAGGUGGACACCUUCAGCUUUCCACCCAAGAAAGCCAUUGGGAACAAGGAUGCCAAGUUCGUGGAGGAGCGGCGGAAGCAGCUGCAGGGCUACCUGCGCACCGUGAUGAACAAGCUGAUCCAGGCGUUGCCAGAGUUCACCGCCCGCCCCACCAAAGAGACGCUGCUGGCUCUGCUGCCGUUCUGCCAAGACGCCCCCCAGGGGAACGAAGGUGGCUCCAAGACGCCCCGGUCCAGAACCUCGUCCCGUUUCCCCCGACUGGGCCGCAGCCGCACGCAGGACGCCCGACCCGAGCCGCAGAGCGGCGACCUUUGACCCCGGGGACAGCACAGACUCUGAGGACGUUCAGGGACGGCUGUGGAGAUUUAUUUAAACUGGUGGCGCUUCGUCCCGUCAGACGGGACGGAACCGGCCGACCCAAACAUGCAGAACCGGUUCUGGUGCUCAGGCAGGAAGUGGACCGGUCCGGACAGUUCUGCCUCAGAUCAAACCGGUUCUGGGACUUUUUACUCACUUUUGUAGUUAAAGUCUUCACAGUGCCUACCAUGUUUUGUAGCUUCUCUCCUGGACCUGGGGGAGCUCAGAGGUCAGAGGUCAGGGGUCAUCAGCUGUCUCGGCGCCACCAUUAAACCCAGACUGGACCUCACACUGCUGGCAUUCCUCCUCCUGCCUUUAUUUUUAUUGUUACUAUUAUUGUCCUUGCCUUGCUUUUAUAAAUGUGCUGGAUCGUGUCGUCACCGUGGUGACGUCGCCACGGUAACUCCUUUUAUUUUCCACAAUAGCAGAGGAGGAUUCUGGGAAACAGGAGGAUCAGAUGAACGUGAGUUAAGCGACACCAUGAGAUGAAUAAUCUGUAAUUUGGUGCUUUGGGCUCAGAUUAGGCCUUCCUGGUUUCUAACCACCUGAUGGCAUCAUGUUGCUACGGCGAUGAGAUUAUUAAAGCCAAAAGUGAAAAGGAAAAACUCUGAGCUGCAGUCAUUUCAGGGUUUGGAUUCAAAACUCCCUUCAGUUGUUCUGAAAACAUAAAGUUCUAAACUUGAACUUUUGUUUAGGUUAAAAAUGUUGAAUUAACCAGAAACUUUAUUUUUCUCUGAUCCUUCAGCUGCUGUUCAUCCAAACGCGGCUAAGAAACAUCUGGAGUCGCAGUUUCACCAAAAUCCAAAACCAUUUUGUAGAUGUAAACAAGCUGCUGAUGGCCGAUGGACGCUCCUCCUGUUGAGACCAUCUGGUUGUUUCUCAGCAGGUUGGACCGGGCCGUUCCAGAACCUUUAAGGAAACACAUCUUGCUUUUGAUUUCUUCUUUUACAUAUAAAUCAUCCAUUGUGGCCUAUUUAAAGCUGAACUUCAAUGUUUUGGUCUGAAUUGCUGGUUUUUGUAGCUCCUCAGGCUCCACUUUGACCCCUGACCUGAGAGCAACUCGUUUUGAUGCACUUCCCGCCCCGCCUCCCUUACAGGUCGUAGAAACUUCGGCCAUUUUUGUAGUUUCAUAGCAGAAUACGAUUAUCUAACAGCCCAGAAACGUUUUCUUCCCAAACAGCAGCAGGCUGCAGUCUGACAUGUUGGAGCCACAACAGGAACGAACUCAUGAUGUAAACGAAGCCUCAACAUAGUUAGCUAUGCUAGCACCAAGAACGUCACUCCAUGAAUUUGGUUCAAGUCUUAAGAUGAAUACAGAAAACUGUUUACAUAAUGAAACUGUUAUAAAAGCCUAGCACAGCGCUAACAGCUAGCACACAGCGCCUACAUUAGCAGAAACUACAAUGCUAUUGCUAGCAAAACAAUGGCCAGGAUGUCGUAUCACUAAAUAAAUUGUCUCAAAUAAAGUUUGUUGACAUUU